AUGUCACCUCACGCACAAGAUAUUGUCCCGACUGGGACUAAUAACUGGUGGAAGGAGGCGACAGUCUAUCAAGUCUACCCAGCAUCUUUCUAUGACUCCAAUGGUGAUGGAUGGGGUGAUAUCCCCGGCGUGAUUGAAAAGAUCCCCUACCUUCACUCACUUGGUAUCGAUGUGGUGUGGCUGUCCCCAAUGUAUGACUCACCCAUGCAUGACAUGGGCUAUGAUGUCUCUGAUUAUGAGAAGGUGCUACCUGCUUAUGGUACUGUCAGGGAUGUGGAAGAUCUCGUUGAGGCAUGUCAUUCGCGAGGCAUGAAGCUGAUUCUGGAUCUUGUCGUCAAUCACUCCAGUGACGAGCAUGCUUGGUUCAAGGAGAGCAGGAGUAGCAAGGACAAUGAGAAACGUGACUGGUACUUCUGGCGUCCUCCACGAUAUGAUAAGGCUGGAAAUAGGAUACCACCGAGCAACUACCGCGGCUACUUCGCAGGGAGCACCUGGACCUGGGAUGAGACAACUCAAGAAUACUACCUACACCUCUAUGCGAAGGAGCAACCAGAUCUCAACUGGGACAACAAAGCUACGCGCGAGGCUAUAUACAACAGCGCGGUUCGAUUCUGGCUAGACAAGGGCGUCGAUGGCUUCCGAGUCGACACUGUCAACAAAUACAGCAAACAUACAGAUUUCCCCGAUGCCCCAAUCACAGAUCCAAAAAGUGAUAUCCAGCCAGCCAUCCAAAUGUGGUGUAACGGACCUCGCAUCCAUGAGUUCUUGCGAGAAAUGUACAACGAUUCCUUUGCCCCAUAUGGCGACGUGAUGACAGUUGGCGAGCUGGCCAAUACUCCCGACCCGCAAAAUGUACUCGAAUAUGUGGGUGCAUCAGCCAAGGAGCUGAGCAUGGUGUUUCACUUGGAUAUUGGACACAUUGGGAUGGGGCCCAGCCUGGAGGAAAAGUACAUUUUUCAUCCUUGGAAACUAACAAAGAUGAAAGCCAUUAUAGAGAAAUGGCAAUCUUUCAUCGAGGGAACAGAUGGCUGGACCACUGUUUUCUGUGAAAAUCACGACAACGGUCGCUCCGUCUCUCGUUUUGGGUCUGAUUUACCCGAAUUUCGAGAGAUAUCAGCCAAAAUGCUAGCGCUUAUGAUGAUUACCAUGACCGGGACCUUAUUUAUCUACCAAGGCCAAGAGAUCGGUAUGGUCAAUGCUCCUCGUGAUUGGUCAAUUGAUGAGUACAAGGAUAUCGAAGGACUGGGGUACUACCGGGAAGCAGAGCGACGAAGUGCGAGUGGUGCAGAUCCCACGCGCAAAGAUCGCAUCAUGAACGGCUUGCGCAUUUUGGCUCGCGAUCAUUCUCGACUGCCUAUGCAGUGGGAUGACUCUGAACAUGCUGGCUUCACAACUGGAAAGCCUUGGAUGCGAGCUCAUGAUCUUUCCAAUGAGAUCAAUGUCCAAAAGCAAGAGAAUGACGCAUCUAGUGUGCUUUCAUUCUGGAAAGAUGUAUUACGUUUGAGAAAAGAGCAUCGAAACUUGUUCAUCCACGGCGCGUUCGAAGUGCUCGACUAUGAAAACCAGGAGACCUUCUGCUUUGUGAAAUCAAGAAAUGAUAGUUAUGCAUUGGUUGUUUUAAACUUUACUGCAGCCUCUCAGCCAUUCACACAAGCUGAGAGAACUGUGGGUAAAAGUUUGCUGGUGAGCAACUAUGAUAAUUCCAUUUUGGGGACUUUGAAGCCCUUUGAAGGCAGGGUGUACGUGUGA